AUGGCCCUCAGACCUACCCCUUCGACGAGAACCAGCAAGACGUGGCGUUUGCUUGCAGACGGGCUUGGUGAAUACUGGCUCGAAACAGGAGAUCACCAAAAUCCAUCCGGCAACAUGCUCUACCUGAAAGACGACAAGUAUCAACUGCACGCAUUCUGGGAGGACCCGAAGACAAAGUGGAGAGUGGUCCCCGUCCCGGGCAGUGGCGAAUUCUGGCUGGUCACGGGGCCAAAUCAUCAUCAGCCAGGCGAGAUGCUUUUCCUGUCGAACUCAAUCUGGAAGAGUCAUGCCUUUUGGCACGAUCCGAAGUGCCAAUGGCGUGUGAUGGAAGUGGCGUAUGGUCUACAGCCCUUCAUGCUGAGCCCAGCGGAAAACUGGAUCGUGGGUGCGGAGGGUCACAGAACCUACGAAGAUUUCCUGCUGAUUUGGCAGGUUGGUGGCACCCACAUUCACAACUUCAACUACGACGGCAGAUGCCGCUGGCUGUUGAAGCCAGCAUCAAAUGGUGAGGUUUGGCUCAUCACUGGUUCGGAAGCUGACGACCCCAACGUAAUGCUGUACCUAAAAGGUGACAGCUUCUGGGUACACUCACCAGCCAACCCCGAUCCCAAGUGCACGUGGCUUGUUGUCUCUGCUGGUGAUGGUGGCUUUUGGUUGGUGACUUCUCAGAACCAUCACGAUCCAAAUCAGAUGCUGUACAUUAGUGACGGCCAGUGGAAGCACACGGGCUUCUGGGAAGACCCCAAAACGAAGUUCCGAUUCCUGCUCAACGGCUAA